AUGGGACUUAUUUUCACCGAUAAAAGCAGUCUUCCUAACUAUCCAGAUUCUGGAUUCCAAAUAGUUGGAUUCCGGAUUCCAGGAYAGGGAUUCCGGAUUCCAAAGCUGUAUUUUUACUGGAUUCCGGAUUCCGGAUUCUCUUACACGGGGCGAUCAGACAGUGACCCAUCAUCCAACGAAGGGACUGAUGUUGAAAGUGACGGCGAAAAUAACUGUGGAGGGURGGAUCUGGACUCCCUUUUCAAAGGUUUGAAAAAACCUGAACUGUCAAAGUUUUCUGGAGAGAAAGAUCUUUAUCAUGAUUGGAGAGCGCAAUUUGAUGUUUUCGUUGACAAGUCGAGUGCGCCAGCUAAAGUGAAAAUGUUGAUGCUCAAAGGGGCUCUGACAGGGAAACCGCUUAAAGUGAUAGAAAGGCUAGGCUUCACCCCGGCACAGUACAAAACCGCUCUCGAAAAACUCGAUCAAAAGUAUGGCGGAGAAAAACGCCUAUUACAACGCCAAUUAGACACCAUCAUGCAGGCCCCUGAAAUUGGGGAGGGAGACCUAAAACAGCUAGAAGUAUUUUCAGACCGACUCACCGAUAUCGUAGCUAAACUAGAU